AUGGCCACUAAAAUGGAAUACACACGAGUCGGCAACUCCGGGCUCAAAGUAUCCAAGGUAGUGCUUGGCUGUAUGAGCUUUGGCGAUAAGAAAUGGCAGCCGUGGUUGCUCGAUAAGGAGCAAGCACUUCCGAUCCUGAAAUAUGCUUUCGACAAGGGCAUCAAUACGUGGGACGUGGCCGACACGUAUUCCAACGGCCAUGCCGAAGAGAUCCUUGGGGCUGCCAUCAAGGAAUACAAGAUUCCUCGAGCUAAACUUGUCAUCAUGUCAAAAUGCUGCCAGUUUGUCGACGAAAACAAAGGUCCAAUUGACCCAGCCAUACUGCUGGUGAAUGAUGAUGAACGAGUUAAUCGCGUUGGCCUAUCGAGGAAACAUAUCCUUGAUGCAGUUGAUCGAAGUGUGGAGAGGUUGGGUACGUAUAUCGAUGUCCUGCAAAUCCACCGCAUGGAUCGUGAUGUUCCGCCUGAGGAGAUCAUGAAGGCUUUGAACGAUGUCAUCGAGAGUGGCAAGGUGCGCUACAUUGGCGCUAGUUCGAUGGCCGCAUGGGAGUUUCAGAUGUUGCAAAACGUCGCUGAGAAGCACAACUGGCACAAGUUCAUUUCGAUGCAAGGCUUGUAUAACUUACUAUAUCGCGAAGAAGAGCGAGAGAUGAAUCCAUAUUGUAAUGCCACGGGUGUGGGCCUCUUCCCGUGGUCGCCUUUGGCUGCAGGAGUCUUGGCACAUUCGUGGACAGAUCGCUCGGACGCUCGUGAGCAGAGCGAUCCUUUCUUGAACAUGCUCUUUCGCAGUAGCGAAAUUGGUGCGGAUAAGGCCAUUGUUGGACGCGUCGAAGACAUUGCAGCCAAGCAUGGUGUUUCCAUGGCCCAAGUCGCACAAGCAUGGAUCAUGGCAAAAGGAGGCAUUCCUAUUUGUGGUCUAGAGACCAAGGAAAGGAUUGAUCAAGCCGUUGGUUCUGUCAAAGUUGCUUUGACGACAGAGGAUAUUGCAUAUAUGGAGGAGCCUUACGUGCCAAAGCCCGCCAUACCAUUCUAG